GGUUUCAUUCUCACACACUCACUCACGGCGGCGGGAGUCUGGAGGAUGAAGCGCUUUGAGCGCAGUCAACUCCACUCUGUGUCUCAAAUUCUCCGACGUACACGGCAAGCCACUGGAGAAACGUGCAAGAGCAGAGAAGCCUUCUAAAUGGAGAUGGUUGGAGAAGGGAGGAGAGACAAUGGCACGGGAAGAAUAGAUCAUAUCUGAGCAGGACAGUUUCACCUUCAGAAUGAGAUCUGAGCGUUUCCAGUUCAACCCCUGCUAAAAUGACAGCACACAAUGAAUCUGCAGUGAAGAGGCUCAGAUGAUUCUGCUCACCCUCAUGUGACCUGCUGAAGAAUGAUGUGGGUUGCCAGGUGCUCAGAAGUAAUUGGCGCAGCGUGACAGAACCCUCAGAUGAUGCAUCCUCCAUCUUCACACUAUAAUGAUUUCAGUGGAACAUGCAGAAGAGUGUCAGGCAGCAUUCAAAACACAAUCUCGGCGUUUUCCUGCGAAGAGGCGACAGCUCUGACAGUCGACGUCGAGCUGCAUACAAAUGCGGCGGCUUUCAGCACUUCUGCCUGAGGAAGCGUCGCUAAUGGCUGCCAGACCGUCCCACAUCUACAGCUCCAAGUGCACGUAAAUGCCUCACAAUGCCUUCAAAAGUGUCAUGCCUCUACGUGUUGACGGUGGUUUGCUGGGCCAGCGCUCUGUGGUAUCUAAGUAUAUCCCGACCAACGUCAUCCUACGUCAACCAACUGUCCGCUCCAGCACGAAAAACUCCGAAAACGUUGAAAAGCAAUGCAACUACAACAUUCGGGAACAUCCGAACGCGUCCGCUAAACCCUCACGGAUUUGAUUUCAUCAUCAACGAGCCCAAGAAAUGCGAAACCAACGUGCCAUUCCUCGUUAUUCUCAUCACAACAACGCACAAAGAGUUCGACGCCCGGCAGGCCAUUCGAGAAACAUGGGGCGACGAAAGCACAUUUAGCGACCUGCGCAUUAUCACGCUGUUUCUUCUGGGACGCAGUACGGAUGUGGUGCUCAAUCAGAUGGUGGAGCAAGAAAGCGAGAUCUUUCACGACAUCGUCGUCGAGGAUUUCAUCGACUCGUAUCACAAUCUAACCCUCAAAACUCUGAUGGGAAUGCGCUGGGUGGCCACCUUUUGCAACCAAGCCAAGUAUGUGAUGAAAACAGACAGCGAUAUAUUCGUCAACAUGGAUAAUUUGGUGUAUAAACUGUUAAAACCGGCUACAAAACCUCGACGGAGGUACUUCACCGGAUACGUCAUUAAUGGUGGACCAAUACGGGACAUGCGUAGCAAAUGGUACAUGCCCAGAGAUCUUUAUCCCGAGAGCAAAUACCCGCCGUUUUGCUCUGGAACAGGAUAUGUGUUUUCAGCAGACGUCGCGGAGCUCAUCUAUAAGACUUCCCUGCACACUAGACUCUUGCAUUUGGAGGAUGUUUACGUCGGCGUGUGUUUGAGGAAGCUGGGAAUCCACCCAUAUCAGAACAGUGGCUUCAAUCACUGGAAAAUGGCCUACAGUCUUUGCAGGUACCGGCGGGUCAUCACCGUACACCAGAUCUCCCCUGAAGAGAUGCAUCGCAUCUGGAAUGACAUGACCAGCAAGAAGCAUCUUAAGUGUUAGGAAGGAUGCCUGAGGAGGUGUAUGUGUGCCCUUUUUUUGAUACCCAUAGUGCAACCUGAAGCCUUGGGACAACUUUCUUAGAAAACAAAAACCACAAACAUCUCUGUGGAGCAGUUUUUCAGAUGCAGCCGUGGAUCACGGUUGGCGAGAUGUGCUAUUCGUGUUAAUAUUACAGCUGUGUUUGUUUGUAAAGGUUCAACAUGCUGGUGCUUCUUUUUGCCUGGAUGCACAGCAGAUGUGUUGAAUGAAUGUCCAUAAAGGGUUAGUUCAAGCAACAAUGUUAAUUCUGCUAUUAAUUACUCACACUCAUGUCGUUUCGAUGCCCUGCGAUCAUCUUCAGAACACAAAUGAAGAUGCGAUGAAGCCGGAUUCUCUGUGUUUUAUAUUAACUCGCAUUGUUUGCUUUAUUUCGUAACUAUAGUUUUGUUCUCAUGCUCUGAUUUGUAGCUUAACAGUCAAUCUGAUUGCUCUAUUUCAGGGGUUUCCAAACUUUUCAGCCCAUGAUGCCUAAAAUAACAAUGCCUAGACACAGUGACUAGCUGUAGCCAAUGAGAGAGCAAGUCAUGAGCUGAAUGACUUUUGUGUUCAGGAGCUCAACAGAAAUAUCUGUGAUUGGCCAGAAGGGUCAUCGAUGCAAAUUAAAUUGAAACUGUGUCAGUCCAGUUCAGAUCAGUGUGGUGUAAAUUUCACUGCUGAAACACUGAAGAGCAAAUCAAUCGAUGUGCAGUUCCACAACACGAGGAACAAACAUCUCUAAUUGUUGAAAGUGAAGGAAAAAACCUCGGGAGAGACCAGGCUCAGUUGGGCACGACCAUUUCUCCUCUGGCCAAACUUCCUGUGCAGAGCUGCAGUCUAGGCACUGGAGGCUGGAGAAUGCCUGACAUCCAUUAUGAAGAAGCUGCAGGUGUGUGUUGGUUGUAUACAUAGUGCCACGUAGUGUGAAAUACAACAGCGAUUUAGACACAAAAUCUAAUAUAGUCUGAACGCCAAAGCGAUCUUCCAAAGUUUAAAGUUAUGAAGUGUUAACUAGGCUUAACCAGUUAAACUGUGCAGACCCGGGACGUUGUCGAUUUUCGCUUUAAGAUUUAAAGGGCUAGCAUUGCACCAGACCCCCUUAAGUGGUUUCGUUUGAAAGUGUAAAAUCUAUA